GGGUAAAACAUUUUAGAAAAAAAGAAAACUUGUUUUUUUUUCUCCUCUUCAUUCUCUCUCGCGAAGAGUUACAUGCAAACAGAGGAGAACGAUUUGAAUUUUUGGUGACCUCCGAUGACAGUGACUCAAGCGUCUCUGGGUCAGUUAAUCGGCGACGGUGACUGUCCUAUCCAGCGACGGUGGAUCUCAAGCGGAGUUUAUAGUUGCAAUUAUGGAUCUUUGGGUCAGUUAAUCGGCGGAUCUCUGGGUCAGUUAAUCGGCGACGGUGACUGUCCUAUUCACCAAAUUGAAGAUUAUCCGACUGUUUUCUUCUCUCCGGUUGGAAAAUCUGGUGGAGAUAAGUGAUAUGUUUGUGGUUGUUUUAGGAGGAAGGUCCAAAGGAGAUGAGGAAUCUGACAAGGUAAUUUUUGUCUUGUUCAAGGAUCUUUGUUGAAAACCAAAGCUUUUCAAUUACAUAUUCACUAUGUUAUUAGGAUUACGUAUGGAUUUGAUUUUGAGUGUGAGAUUGAAUUUUGAGGUUUGCCUUGUUCAUGAGCUUUGAAUACACUCACAAUCUAAACUCUAAACAAACACCCGAGGAGCUUGUUCCCGAUUGAUUCUUAGAGGCACAUGUGAAAUAGAUAGAGUUUUCGUAAAAAGAAAAAGUAAAAAAACAUGUCAUAGUGAUAUCUCUAUGGUUCGAUAUCUCUCUUACUUGUCUUCUCUCUCGAAUGCCUUCCAUGUUCGUUUCCGAGGAGCUUGUUCCUGAUUGAGAGACUCCUCUGUUCAUCAAGCUCCUGACUUGAGAGGCUUAAGUAGCUUCGCUCUCUCUUUUGAGAUCCUCAGAAGUGUCGACUCUUAAGUUGCAUCCAGGGAACAACACAAUCAUCUCUAGCUACACGGUUUUUAAUCCUUUGCAGCAGAACCAAAGGUAAAUGUGUACUUUGACAUUGAUUGCUAAUAACAACAACCACCAAAACGUGACAAGAAUGCUUGUUGGAGUUAGAGGCGAUAACAACAACCAUUAAGGCUUCAAAGGCAAAAAAAAAGAACGUGAAGAAAACAGCCACUGAUGAUGAAGAUAGCAAGUAUCUGUUGGAGUUAGAGGCGAUAUUGGAGCUAAAGCAAAAAAAUUUUGCUUUGACAGAGAAGAUUAGCAAUCGUAACCUCCUUGAAAUGAUACUUGCAAAAACAGAGCCACUAACUGAUCAUGAUAUAGCUUUAAAGAACAAGCUAAUUGAUGACAUUUUCAUAUAGAGACAAGUAUGCCCGUGGAUCGAAGAGACAACUAAACACAGGUUUAUGACAAGAAUGCUUGGUGAAUUGUUGCUCGUGACUUCAAGGACCCAUUUUUACUCUUGUUUUUUAUGCCGACUUCUUUGUAAUUGUUUGCCUCGUGAAUUCUUUGUAAUUGUUUGCCUCGUGACUUCUUUGUACUUGUUGCUCGUGACUGCUUUGUUAUUUUUUGUUAAUGUAGUUGACUUGUGCCACUCUAUAUAAGAUCGUCAUAUAUUACUUCCACAACUCCCACAACUCUUAUCUCUUCUCUUCCUACUACAAUUCAAAUAAGUUAAUACUUCUUCUACUACAACUUCAUUGCUCAUCUUUUUCUUUUACCACUCCACAACUCCAUAUCUUCUUCUUUAUUUUGAUCUUCGUCAUUUUGCCUCGUGAAAUAAAUGGCAUCUUCUUCUAGUAAUAAUUUUGAAAAUUUGGACAAAGUGCUUGAUGAUCGAUUUGAGCAAGUGUAUGAUCAAGCGUUCGAUCAUAUUAGUGCUGCUCAUGCUGAUCGCCAACAAGCAAGAAAGCCAAGGAAAAAAAGAGUCCAUAUUGAAAGAAAUCGUGAAGAUGGACAUAUCCGCUUGUGGAACGAUUAUUUUAGUGAAGAUGCAACAUACCCUCCUCAUCUUUUUCGUCGUCGCUUUAGAAUGAACAAGGCGUUGUUCAUGCGUAUUACUGAUCGACUCUCUAAUGAAAUUCUAUUCUUUCAACAAAGAAGAGAUGCUACCGGAAGGUUCGGUCUCUCUGCAAUACAGAAGUGUACAGCAGCAAUUCGUAUGAUGGCAUAUGGUCGUGCAGCUGAUGCGUUUGAUGAAUACCUCCGGAUUUCUGAAACCACUACGAUGCAAUGCUUGGUCAAUUUUGUUGAAGGAGUUAUAAAUUUAUUUGGAGAUGAGUAUCUAAGGAGACCCACACCAGAGGACCUUCAACGUUUACUCGAUAUUGGAGAGCUACGAGGAUUUCCCGGGAUGAUAGGAAGCAUCGAUUGUAUGCAUUGGGAGUGGAAGAAUUGCCCGACCGCAUGGAAAGGUCAAUACACACGUGGAUCCGGAAAGCCAACCAUCGUUUUAGAGGCUGUAGCGUCACAUGAUCUGUGGAUAUGGCACGCAUUUUUUGGACUUCCAGGUACGUUAAACGAUAUCAAUGUUCUUGAUCGCUCUCCGGUUUUUGAUGAUAUAUUACAAGGUCAUGCUCCAAAAGUUAAUUACCUUGUCAACGGCCGCGAGUAUCAUUUGGCUUACUAUCUCACCGAUGGUAUUUAUCCAAAAUGGGCUACUUUUAUCCAAUCUAUUCGGAUUCCACAAGAUCCAAAGGCAUCCUUGUUUGCUACAUAUCAAGAAGCUGUCCGUAAAGAUGUCGAGCGUGCUUUUGGAGUCUUGCAAUCUCGCUUCGCUAUAGUCAAAAAUCCGGCUCUUGUCCAUGAUAAGGAAACAAUUGGAAAGAUAAUGAGAGCGUGUAUCAUACUUCACAACAUGAUAGUAGAAGACGAACGAGAUGGGUAUAGACAGUUGGAUCCAACAGAAUUCGCACAAGUAGAAGCACACAGAACUUCACAUGUGGACUCUACAUUUUCAACUGAUAGACCUUCAAAUGUCAACAAUUUGAUGACCAUUCUCAGCAAGCGGAAGGAAGUUCGUAGUCAGGAAAAACAUCAACAAUUGAAGGAUGAUUUGGUUGAGAAUAUCUGGCAAAAAUUUGCCACAAAUCAAUAUUACAACUAAACUUUUUCCCCAUAUGUAAUUUCUACUUCUAUUUUAAUAUGUUUUUGUGUUUUGUAUGUUUAAAAGUUUAUGAAAUGCAAUAAUAAUAUUUUCAUUGUUUAAA